AUGGUCUGCAUGGCCAUAUCCCUGGAGAAGCGCCUUCAGACGGUCACAAACUACUUCCUGUUGUCGCUGGCCGUCACGGACCUCCUUGUGUGUCUGCUGGUCAUGCCGCUCAGCAUCAUCGAUGAAUUAUUUGGUUAUUGGCGGUUCACUACGGUCAUGUGCAACGUAUUCGUCACCGUUGACGUCAUGAUGUGCACGUCAUCAAUCCUCCACUUGUGCGGUAUCUCCGUACAGAGGUACAUCGCCAUCCAGUUCCCGCUGCGCGCCAGAAACAAAUCGAAGUCUAUCGUGAUCGCAAAAAUAGGUUGCAUCUGGCUGUUGGCCAUCUUAAUAUCGAGCCCCGUCACUGUUCUUGGUGCGCUAGACGAGUUUAAUAUAUUGAACGAGCAUCACUGCACUCUCAAACAUAAUGGCUUCAUAAUUUACGGGUCGAUAUUGGCGUUCUUCAUCCCACUUGUUAUAAUGAUCAUCACGUAUGCCCUGACUGUACGCCUUCUUUACAAGCAGUCCAAACGCUGCGAUUACCGCAGAAGCUCGGAGUCCGCGGGAGGCGCUCCCAUCAUCCGGCGCUGUAGGACGAGCUCGGUGCGGCGGAGCGAGCAGCCUAGAACACGUGAAGAACACAAUCCGGACCAGUACGAACUUAUCGAGCGAGAGAAGUUGAAUAACAAUUCCAAUCUGCAGAACGGCUACACCCGUGUACCGAGCAUACUGUCACAUUCAGUGUCGUGUGAAACAAUCUCCGGCAGAGGUGCCGAACACAGUGCAUACGAACGGCAAAAUAUCAAGGUGCAUAACUCUUGUUUUCUUGCUGUGCCGGGAGGGUUUGGCAUAGAGUCCUCGCUGGAUUCGUUCAGCGGAAGUGAUCUAUCUGACGACGACGAUCACGGACCACGACGUGGAUCGUUCACACUGGGCGGCGACAGUUCACGCAGACAUUCCUUUAGAGACAUCAUCAACAAGCAGUUCCUCAUAAAGGCCUCCAGCAUACUCAACCUUGCACGUGACCGCAACAAAGACCGCACCGCGGUAAGAACGGAGCAGAAGGCCAGCAAGGUGCUCGGCCUCGUUUUUGCGCUCUUCCUACUCUGCUGGCUGCCAUUUUUCAUCGUCAACGUGAUUCCCGCCAUGUGCGCGCGCUGCAACGUGCCUGCGACUCUCGUGUCCACGUGCUCGUGGCUAGGCUGGGCGAGUUCUACUAUCAACCCUAUCAUCUACACAAUGUUCAACAAAACCUUCAAGAGGUGCUUCGCAAAGUUUCUGACCUGUGACUAUGGGCGGCAAGACCGCCCCGUAUUAGUGACCCCCAGCUAUAGCCGCAAGAUGAACAUUUCAAUACGGGAUGUCUACAGUGACUGA